AGCGCUGGUGCGCCCGGUCACUGCGAGGCAGCAGGACCACGAAGAAGACACAAUGAAAACAGUAGUGGAUAUACUGUGGCUCCUUCUGGUCGCUGUGUUGUGGGGGGUCACCAACCCACUCCUGAAGAAAGGAACUGUGGGUAUUGAGCAUGUGAAGGAAGGGAGCAGAAUCUCUCAGCUUCUGGCUGAAGUAAAAUUCCUCUUUCUCAACAUUAAGUAUCUUUUACCGUUCCUGCUGAACCAGAGCGGCUCUGUGGUGUUCUAUUUCACUCUCGCUACAACAGAUUUGUCGCUGGCCGUGCCAACAGUGAACUCUCUCAGCUUCCUGUUUACAUUGCUCACUGGAAAACUGCUUGGGGAGGAUUUUGGAGGGAAGAGAGCUGUGCUGGGGAUGGUGCUCACUAUGCUGGGGGUCACUCUGUGUGUGGUCAGUUCUGUGUCAGAAGCUGAGAGUGCAGGACUUCACAACACGUCGCAUAUCACAAACACCGGACACCAGACCGUCCCUCACUAACAAUGGACACAGCUGCAUCAAGGUGGACACUCUAUGGAAAGUCUUUCCUUACCAAUGGGGUUUCUGUGGGUAAAAUAAAUUAGGGCUGAACUUGUGGACAGGAUACAGUAUUGCAGUCACGCUGCUGCUUAUUUAUGUUUUAAAAACACACUGGCGAACCGUUAAUGUGACAUGGUUGAAGUCUGGCCCUGCAUUACUCUGACUUUCCUUCAUAAUCUUGAUUUGCUUGAUGAUGUGAAUGCUCUGAAUCAUCCAAACACCCACAGCAGCUCGUCUGGGACGUGUUAAAAGCGGUCAGGAUGCUCACAGCACGUUUAGUGAACCGUUUGAGGGCAUGGCAAGUAUUGUGGUAACAAUUCACUAGGCAACGUAAACAUGAAUAUUUUUCCUCCUUACUUUAACCCUACAAAUGAAACAGGAAGACAAACGUGAAGGAUUUGGCACACUUUGCCGACAGGCCUACUGAAGGAGUCUUUGUUCUAACAGAAAGUAACCAUUCUGAAUGCAUGUCGCCUUAUUUCAGUAGAUAAAGUUCACUCUAUCAGUUCCUCACAGAUGGACCAGAUGCAGUUGUUCAUAAAUUUUUACCAUAAGGUGACAGUGAAGUCUCCCCCCGCCUCCCACAUACACCAGCUGCUUUGUAAUCUUUGUUAGUGUUUAUGGUUAUUGAUCCUGAGCCAGUGCCUGCAAAAAAACCCCAAUCAAGAGAGUAAAACCAAACCAGAUGUUUCCUGGCACGUGGGCUUUGUUUAUUGUGCACUGGCAAAGCAGCAGUUAACGGAUCCCUGAUAAGAAGGCUUUUAUUGACUAAAUCAUUCUGCUCAACUCCUGCUGGCAGUUUUGGCUCAAGUUUCAAGUAAUUGCUUUGCAAAUGAAUACAUUUUGUAUUCCCCUUAGAGCACAACGGCACCUGUUUAAUAUAAUCCCAUGUAAAUGAGUGGUGUCGGCUUCGUGGCCAGAGGGAUGUUCAGGAAAUGUUAACUGUCAGGAACCCUAGACUGGUCGGCUGCAGUGAACAGAAUUCUUUUUAAUUAUACCACUGACAGCUAAAUAGCACUUUAAAAUAUUCUGUUUACACAAUGUACAGGCAGUGGACAUUUCUGACCAAACUCUUCUUGACCUACAAGUCCUACACGUUACAAGCCUCAUUGCUCAAAUCCGAUUUUUUGCUCAAAUCCGAUCUCUCUGACAGGAUGGUUCACACUCGUUUAGGUAAGUGACUCAGAUCCGUCAUUAAUGUGAUGAACCCGCAUCCUGAAAUGACCCUCAUGAGCUCAUCCUACUCAGUAACAUCACGUGAAUGAAUUGCAUGCCUCAUCAGCACAAACUAACGAGCAGAACGAGCUUCGCUGAGAAGAUAAUUAACUCUGAUCAGCUCUCAGCUUCAUUAUUAGAGCGAGACGAAGGAGAAAAAG